AUGGCUUCUCCACUACAUGUUCAUAUUCUUAGUGCCCACGUUGUCUCUCAUCUUCCUGCUGAUCAUGAUGAAGUGAAGAAACUACUCUUCUAUAAAUUCUCUCCCUCCAAUCCGCCAGCUUCAUCAAUCAGCUUUGAGGAAGGACCAUCAUCAGACAUUUUCUCAACAGUGAAAAUGAAGACGGCGAUCAUUACUGUUUUCGUCAUCAGUUCAAUGUUGUUAUGCCUUCAAGCGGACGCCAGACGGCUUAUGCUCGAGGAGGUGAAGGGGGCCAGAGGCGAAACCGAUGUUAAACCAAGCCUUGUUCCUGCAAAAUCAGGCAUGAAUGGUAAUGGGGUGACUGCUGACCAGGUUAACAGCAACAGCGAAGAAAAGAAUGAGAGCGAUGAAGCUUCUAAUGGUCAAGGAUCGUCGGCUUCCGGCUCAACUCACCAUUUCUACCCUGAUGAGCCCCCUCGUCAAGGACACAAAACUUUAAUUCCAUAAAAUCCAUAUGUUGAAUGUGUUUCUUAGCUGCUGGAACUGUACUAUGUUUUGUGUAUGAUAUGUCACGGGGGUUGGGCCUUUAGGCCACUUUGUUUGUUUGUCAAAAACUAGAUGAAAAUAAAAGCCCCUACUGUGUGUUUUAGUA